AUGCAGGCCGCAGAGGGAAAGCAGCUUUUUGAUCCUGCCUCCUUUGGGAAGGACCUCAUGAUAGGUGGUGUGGCGGCAGCCAUUUCCAAGACAGCGGUAGCCCCAAUUGAGCGGGUUAAGUUGCUGCUGCAGGUCCAGGCCUCGUCCAAACAGAUCCGUGCGGAUCAGCAGUACAAAGGCAUGAUAGACUGCUUUGUGCGCAUCCCUCGGGAACAAGGAUUUCUGAGUUUCUGGCGUGGCAAUCUUGCCAAUGUCAUCCGAUAUUUCCCAACUCAGGCUCUAAACUUUGCUUUUAAGGACAAAUACAAACAGAUAUUCAUGUCUGGAGUGGAUAAAGAAAAGCAGUUUGGGAGGUGGUUUAUUUCAAAUUUGGCUUCUGGUGGAGCAGCUGGGGCAACUUCAUUGUGUGUAGUGUAUCCAUUAGACUUUGCAAGGACUCGAUUAGGUGCUGACAUUGGAAAAGGUGCUUCAGAGCGACAGUUCACAGGCCUUGCUGAUUGUAUUGCUAAAAUUGCAAAAAAAGAUGGUGUUACUGGCCUAUACCAAGGAUUUGGUGUUUCAGUACAGGGAAUUAUUGUAUAUCGAGCGUCCUAUUUUGGAUGUUAUGACACCAUAAAAGGAUUGCUACCAAAUCCCAAAGAGACACCAUUUGUUGUGGCCUUUGCAAUUGCUCAAGCAGUGACUGUAUUUUCUGGGAUACUGUCAUACCCCUUUGACACAGUCAGAAGACGCAUGAUGAUGCAGAGCGGAGAGGCUGAACGUCAGUACAAAGGAACUAUUGACUGCUUUAUCAAGAUAUAUGGCCAGGAAGGAAUAAAUGCCUUUUUUCGAGGAGCCUUCUCAAACGUUCUUCGUGGGACAGGAGGUGCUUUGGUGCUGGUCCUAUAUGACAAAAUUAAAGAGUUUCUUAAUAUUGAUCCUUCAUUAGGCCGAUCAUCUGACUAA